AUGCAUACAAAUAGUUAUUUGCGUUUUUCUCGAAAAGUAAUUCUGCAUCAUUUAUCGAUAUACGAGGGUAAAGAUGCCGCCCGUAACGCUAAAGCUGUGAAACGUAAACCAGCUAAAGGUGAAACGAAGAAAGUUGGAGGUGAAAAAAAUGGAAGCGAACGUAUAGUUCCAGCUCAGAAAAAGCCAAGAUACUAUCCAACUGAGACCAGACCUAAAAAGUUGGUAUCAAGGAAAAGAUCUUUCAAUGGUCAUGCCCAUAAACUCCGACCCUCUAUUACUCCUGGUACAGUUCUUAUUGUAUUGGCUGGUAAACACAAGGGAAAGAGAGUUGUAUAUUUGAAACAGUUGAGGUCUGGCUUAUUACUGGUUACAGGACCUUUCACUGUAAAUGGCUGUCCUCUACGACGAGUCAACCAAAUCUAUGUUAUUGCCACCAAAACCAAGUUAAACAUUGAUAACAUCAAAUUGCCUGAACGAUUAAAUGAUGACUAUUUCAAGAAAAAGAAGACACGAAAAGCACCUAAAAAUGAAGGCGACCUCUUUGAAUCAACAAAAGAGGCAAAAACUGUGUCACCAGAACUAAAGGAAGAUCAAGUGAAUGUAGAUAAACAAGUUUUAGAAGCCAUUUCCAAACAUCCUGAUCAUAAAUUAUUUACUGGUUACCUGAAAUCUAUUUUCUGGCUGAAGAAAAGUCAAUUCCCUCACAAUAUGAUCUUCUAAAAAUGGGAUUUACAAUUAAAAAAAUAUUUAAAAACCAA